CAGGAGGUCAUGGUGGACUGCAGGAGGUCAUGGUGGACUGCAGGAGGUCAUAGUGGACUACAGGAGGUCAUAGUGGACUACAGGAGGUCAUGGUGGACUGCAGGAGGUCAUGGUGGACUGCAGGAGGUCAUGGUGGACUGCAGGAGGUCAUGGUGGACUGCAGGAGGUCAUGGUGGACUGCAGGAGGUCAUGGUGGACUGCAGGAGGUCAUGGUGGACUGCAGGAGGUCAUAGUGGACUACAGGAGGUCAUGGUGGACUACAGGAGGUCAUGGUGGACUGCAGGAGGUCAUGGUGGACUGCAGGAGGUCAUGGUGGACUGCAGGAGGUCAUGGUGGACUGCAGGAGGUCAUAGUGGACUACAGGAGGUCAUAGUGGACUACAGGAGGUCAUGGUGGACUACAGGAGGUCAUGGUGGACUACAGGAGGUCAUGGUGGACUGCAGGAGGUCAUGGUGGACUGCAGGAGGUCAUGGUGGACUGCAGGAGGUCAUAGUGGACUACAGGAGGUCAUGGUGGACUACAGGAGGUCAUGGUGGACUGCAGGAGGUCAUGGUGGACUACAGGAGGUCAUGGUGGACUACAGGAGGUCAUAGUGGACUGCAGGAGGUCAUAGUGGACUACAGGAGGUCAUGGUGGACUGCAGGAGGUCAUAGUGGACUACAGGAGGUCAUAGUGGACUACAGGAGGUCAUGGUGGACUGCAGGAGGUCAUGGUGGACUACAGGAGGUCAUAGUGGACUACAGGAGGUCAUGGUGGACUGCAGGAGGUCAUGGUGGACUGCAGGAGGUCAUGCUGGACUACAGGACGUCAUGGUGGACUACAGGAGGUCAUAGUGGACUGCAGGAGGUCAUGGUGGACUACAGGACGUCAUGGUGGACUACAGGAGGUCAUGGUGGACUGCAGGAGGUCAUGGUGGACUACAGGACGUCAUGGUGGACUACAGGAGGUCAUGCUGGACUACAGGACGUCAUGGUGGACUACAGGACGUCAUGGUGGACUACAGGAGGUCAUGCUGGACUACAGGACGUCAUGGUGGACUGCAGGAGGUCAUGGUGGACUGCAGGAGGUCAUGGUGGACUACAGGACGUCAUGGUGGACUGCAGGACGUCAUGGUGGACUGCAGGAGGUCAUGGUGGACUACAGGAGGUCAUGGUGGACUGCAGGAGGUCAUGGUGGACUGCAGGAGGUCAUGGUGGACUGCAGGAGGUCAUGGUGGACUACAGGAGGUCAUGGUGGACUGCAGGAGGUCAUGGUGGACUGCAGGAGGUCAUGGUGGACUGCAGGAGGUCAUGGUGGACUGCAGGAGGUCAUGGUGGACUGCAGGAGGUCAUGGUGGACUGCAGGAGGUCAUGCUGGACUACAGGACAUCAUGGUGGACUGCAGGAGGUCAUGGUGGACUGCAGGAGGUCAUGGUGGACUGCAGGAGGUCAUGGUGGACUGCAGGAGGUCAUGCUGGACUACAGGACAUCAUGGUGGACUGCAGGAGGUCAUGGUGGACUGCAGGAGGUCAUGGUGGACUGCAGGAGAUCCAGGAGGACAGAGCAGCUCCUCUCCUCAUUCAACACAACAUCAGGUUCUUAUAAACAUCUCCAGAACCUCAGUAGAACCCAUCCUCUGUCUCAGCAGCUCAGGACAGAAGGACUUCGGGUGGUGAAACAGGGAAGUCCUCUUCCAGACCUGGACCAGACCAGGUCCAGAGGAAGACCCCACCCACCCAGUAAGUGGACUGUCAGUUCCUCUUCUUCUGAUACAGGAGCAUAA